CGGAAAUUUUGGGAAUAAACAGUGUUUUUUUUUCUCGUGACGGUUCAUUCAUCGGUCAUACAGCAGUUUAGUGAAUUCAAAUCCCCUGCCUGCAACAGAGCGGGCCCUGAACGCAACACCAGUCCGGUUCCUGCGGACUCCGUUCCCGGUCUUGCACCGACCCAGACUCCAUGUUGUUCCGUCAGCCACGGAGCGAACAAGUGUUCUGGCCGAAAACUCUCACGUUGCAGCCCUCUGUGUGUGCUAGAAGUAAAGUGUGUGUGCGUGUGAGUGUGUUUUGACCCACCGAAAGAAGAUGGCAGACUACCGGGACGACACCGGAGCACGAGCCCUGCUCGCUUUACAGUCGGCCCCGUGCAGCCCCGUGCGCGUCGCGGUGACCUCGCAUGCUUACCGUCAGCCCUCGUUCGCCCUAUUGGGUCCUCCGAUGUUAGACGCCCGCAGCGACACCGGGAUUUUCCCCGUGCGGCUCGGUUCUCCUCCUCCGCAGGCCCUGGCCAGGCUCGAGGGCCGGGACUUUGAGUUUGUCAUGCGCCAGAGGACGGUCACCAUAGGCCGGAACUCGUCCCACGGCUCCGUGGACAUCAACAUGGGUCACUCGAGCUUUAUUUCACGGCGACACCUGCAGAUCACCUACGACGAGGCCACCGGCUUCUCCCUCCGGUGCCUGGGCAAGAACGGCGUGUUCGUGGACGGGGUGUUUCAGCGCAGAGGGGCCCCAGCGCUGCCGCUGCCCCGAGAGUGUGUGUUUCGUUUCCCCAGCACGGUAAUCAAGAUCCAGUUCAUGUCACUCCUGGAAGUGGAGGAGCACAGAGAAAAGGAGCAUCCCUCUCCUCCCCCUCGCCCUCUCCUGCCCCACAUCUCCCCCCUUAAAAUCAGCAUUCCCACGGCGCAGCAGCAUGAAGAGCACAUCCGGGCGUUCGGAUCUCCGCUGCCGUCGCCCACAGGCACCAUCAGUGUUCCUAACUCCUGUCCAGCCAGUCCUCGAGGGGCAGGCUCAUCGGGGUAUCGCUACGGACGCAACGUGGCCUCUGACCUCCAGCUGGCAGCUGAAUAUGCUGCUAAGGCUGUUUCUGAGCAGAGACGAAGUAUCGCUGAGCACAGGGGUGGGGGGAGCGAGCAGCGAGGGGAGUCAGCUGGUGGAGACAGCCCCAAGGAUGAAUCCAAGCCGCCUUAUUCCUAUGCACAGCUGAUCGUCCAGGCCAUCUCCUCGGCCCCAGACAAGCAGCUCACUCUCAGCGGCAUCUACGCCCACAUCACCAAACACUACCCCUACUACCGCACUGCAGACAAGGGCUGGCAGAACUCGAUCAGACACAAUCUGUCUCUCAACCGCUACUUCCUGAAAGUGGCGCGCUCUCAGGACGAGCCCGGGAAAGGAAGUUUCUGGCGCGUGGAUUCGGCCUCUGAGACCAAGUUGGUGGAGCAGGCCUUCAGGAAACGACGGCAAAGAGGGGUGGCCUGCUUCAGGACGCCGUUCGGACCUCUGUCUUCAAGGACAAAGAGUGCGCCCGCGUCCCCCACCCACCAGGGACUCCUUUCUCCUCCAUCCAGCGGGCUGCAGACUCCCGAGUGUCUGAGCAGGGAGGGCUCUCCGAUCCCCCACGACCACCACGAACAGCUGGCUAACAAACUGGCAUCUGUACCUGAGUACAGGUAUUCUCAGAGCGCCCCAGGAUCUCCGGUCAGUGCUCAGCCUGUCAUCAUGGCCGCUCCGCCUCACCCGACGGUCCUGUCCUCGGGCACGGGGAAAACCCUCGCUUUAGUUCCGGGCGGUGGCGGCCACCUCCAGCCCAUCCACCUGCUCCAAAACGCCCCUCAGUCUGCUGUCACCAUGGUGCGGGUGGUUACCAGCGCCCCUCCACCUUCCAACCCUUCAAACGGGUACAGCGCCUCCACCGCUGGAGGAAUAGAGGGCAGCAGUGAUCUCAGAGCCCAGCAUAACAGAGAGCGCGUGAUCCAGACCGUGGACAGUGCGGUGCACGGCGGGGAAGGACGUAACCUGACCCCAGGUUUACAUCAACUUCCUGUUCGUCCCGUCACCCAGAAUGGCAAACACACCACUGCUGUUGUUGCCACGGCAACCAGCCUUGCUAAUGCAUGUGGCCUGAGCAGUCCUCUGCAGAUCCUGGCCGCCCAGGCUUCCAGCUCCCCUCCAGUGCUGGUGAGCCGACAGCCCAGCGCAGAUCCUUUAGCCAGCCAACAAGGCGAGCCCCAGGCCAAGCGGCCAAAGAUGGAGGACGAGAGCGGCUCCGAAUCUCCUCAGCAUCAAGUUGCACCUGCCCAGCAGCCCGUCAUCGUCGCCAUGACUUCACAAACCCACGACCCUCGGCAGUAGAUCCCCCCAGGGCCCCUUCACCAGGUACCCAGUGGACGGCCCCUCUCUCUCGAUCAUCCCCUCAACGCUUCGCCUUUUAUACUCACUUGAUAUGACUGUAGCCGGCACGGCCAGGAGAAAUGUACAGGCAGCCUCUCAGAAGGGAAUUAAAUUCUACGGAGCACAUAAAUUGGUCAAACCUAAAGGAAAACGUAUUCACAGAAAAGCAAGCAAACCUUUAAGGACGUUAGCACCCUCAAGUCUUUUUUAAUCCAUUCUUCGGCGAAAACACAGAGUAGUAAGGACCUCGAGGCUUUCGUGUAUUUUCAAAUCAUUUCAGCACUACUUUUACUAUGUGAAUGUUGGAUAAUAUCUCAGAUACAGCCUUUCCUCAUGUUGAUGGAUGAGAUGCACCACUUAUCAUCACUCUCAGGCCAAAGAACUCUCCUUUCCAUUACUGUCUGGUUUAAAGCCAGGGAAUGUGUUUUUAGAGAUUUGAAUGACCUGCAUUUACAGAAGAAGCUGUGAUAACUAGAGAUGAUAUAUUGUCCCUGUGCAUUGUUUCACAAACUUGUAGAGGGGGAAAAAAAGGUAGUGUGUGUGUAUAUAUUUAUAUAUAUACACACACAGAGAGAGAGACCAGGAUGAUGAGACUGUUAAUGAUAUGAUUGUAGGCUUUCCUUGGAGAGAAAAAAGUGAGACAGAAGAAAUCAAAGGGGGCGUCUCAGAGAAAAGACAGAAGUUAAGAUCAAGGCCAACAGCAGAACGUUCUUCUUUCCUUCUUUCUUCCGUGAAGCACAAAAAAAAAAACAUAAAAAAAGUAACAUGUAUACUGUAUCGAAGAACAGACGUGAGGAAACCCAGGAAUGACAAACCAGCAGUUUUCGCCUCACUUGAGCUCAGCUUCAUUUCGGCGCGAAGCUCGUCAGAUUCAGGGCGAUCGGGACGGCAGAGAGAAGGGCAGGAAAGAGGCAACUAUUUGGAGUUGAUUGAAGUGGAGCUAACCUAACAUAGACAAACUGAUUGUUGUUUUAAUUAUUUUUCUCGUUUCUGUAGUGGUAAAAGGAGGAAUGGAACAGCCUGUGCGUACAGUUUUUGUUUGUCUUAGCACAGUAAAGCAUUAUUGUAAUAAUCCUUAAAGCCUUAAAUAUUUCUACAUUUUUUUUUUUUUGUUAUGUUAUUUUAACCUUUAGACAGCUUCACCAUGUUAGAUUAACAUAGCGCUUUAACAGCACAUGAUCGGCAACACUACAGUGGUGACAGUUAUGUUGCGUCAGUAGACUUGUAUCGGUUUUAUCAGGGGAAGGGCGGGACCAACACAUGACCACAAAUUUCAACUGCUCUCGUCUUUUUCUUUCAUCCUGUAUGGUACUUUUGACAUCCUCUCUAUUUUUGGCUCGCCUCUCUUUCGCGUUCCCGUAAUUCUUUUUACCUUUUCCCUUUUCUCUCCCCGUCUCCUCACUAAGCAGUCUCUGCAGAGGCAUCGGGCUGUGGGCAAUUCCUGUCACAGACGCUGCCUUAAUUAGAUAUUCUUUAGCACUUUUCUCCCCCGCUCUGUUCUCUCCGUCUCACCCCGCCUUUAGCUUUUUUUUUUUUUUUCCCGAAUGUCCUCACACAGGCCACAUUUUCUUUUCUUUUUUUUUAGCUGGCAAUCAGGCACAAGAUUUCAGUGAUUGUUGUUGCACAUUAUUAGAAAAACAAACAAAAAAAAAGAUGCGUAAUGAUUGUAUGCUGCUCUAUCUGCUAAAUGACAAAGCUAUUUAGAAGGUAUUUUUUUUCUCAAAACAAAAAAAAAAAUAUUUUGCUAUGUGUAAAAACAGCUGUCAUCAAUACCUAAACAUUCAGGAAAUAGAGAAGUAUAUGUAUUUUUAAAUGUUCCCGUUUUGUGAUUUGUUAUAAUGUGUAGCACAAAUUAAAAUUUCUCAUUGACCUAAA